UAAACUGAGAACGGUUUUUCGGUUCUAUUACACUCCAAAUCCUCCAGCACUUUAUUCGUCUCAAUUACGUGGAACAGUCGGUUAUUUGAGCUGAAGCAAGACGGUGUAUUACAUUACAAGUCUGUGUGUGAUUUGAAUUAAAAAUAUUCCAUUCUAAAAAAAAAUUCGAAACCAUUUGAAAAUGGCAAACUUUCACAAAACCGAAGCUAAAACGGUCCAGGAAUUGAAGGACAUUGCCCAUCGUUUGCGAAUUCAUUCCAUUACAUCCACUCAGGCAUCGAAAUCGGGGCAUCCAACAUCAUGCUCAUCGAUUGCGGAAAUAAUGUCCGUUUUGUAUUUCCACACGAUGCGCUACAAAUUGUCAGCGCCUCGUGAUGCAUCCAGCGAUCGAUUGGUUCUGUCCAAAGGACAUGCUGCACCGAUUUUGUACGCUGCUUGGGCUGAGGCUGGACUUUUCCCCAUUGAGGAUUUACAGAAUUUACGUAAAGUUGAUUCCGAUUUGGAGGGACAUCCGACGCCAAGAUUGAAUUUCAUCGAUGUUGGAACCGGUUCCCUUGGACAGGGUGUCGCUGUCGCUUGCGGCAUGUCUUAUGUUGGAAAGUAUUUCGACAAAGCUUCGUACAGAACCUAUGUCAUCGUUGGCGAUGGUGAAUCUGCUGAAGGUUCCAUUUGGGAAUCAUUAAAUUUCGCUGGCGUCUAUGGAUUGGACAAUCUGUGUGUGAUUUUCGAUGUCAACCGUUUGGGACAAUCGGAACCGACCUGCUUGCAACAUAAGGUCGAAGUUUAUCGUAAACGAGCUGAAUCGUUUGGAUUCAAUGCUAUCGUUGUUGAUGGCCAUGACGUUGAAGAGUUGCUCAAGGCAUUCCAUGAAGCAUCGGUUACAAAAGACAAGCCAACCGCUCUCAUCGCAAAAACCUACAAAGGAAAGUUUUUCCCCAAUAUCGAAGACGCUGAUAAUUGGCAUGGAAAGCCGUUGGGCGACAAAGCUGAUGAAGUCAUUAAGCAUUUGAAUGGCCUCAUUCACAAUCAUGGACCACUUCAAAUUACUCCACAAAAGCCACUGAAAGAUGAUGCACCAGUUGUUUCAUUGAGCAACGUUAAACUGUCUGAACCACCAGCAUAUAAACUUGGCGAAGCCGUUGCUACACGCUUGGCUUAUGGUACCGCCCUAGCUAAGAUCGGUGCCAAUAAUUCACGAGUCAUAGCCCUUGACGGAGACACGAAGAACUCCACCUUCGCUGAUAAACUGAAGAACGUUUAUCCAGACCGAUACAUCGAAUGUUUCAUUGCUGAACAAAAUUUAGUUGGUGUAGCCAUCGGAGCUGCUUGCCGUGAUCGUACCAUUGCCUUUGUGUCCACUUUUGCCACAUUCUUCACCAGAGCCUUCGACCAGAUUCGCAUGGGUGCAAUUUCGCAAACCAAUGUCAAUUUCGUUGGUUCGCAUUGUGGUGUGAGCAUUGGAGAAGACGGACCCAGCCAGAUGGGACUUGAAGAUAUUGCGUUGUUCCGAACGAUUCCCGGCAGUACAGUCUUUUAUCCAUCGGAUGCUGUAAGCUGCGAACGUGCAGUUGAAAUGGCUGCGAAUACAAAGGGAGUCUGUUUCAUUCGAACAUCUCGUCCGAAUACCGCUGUCAUCUACAACAACAACGACAAAUUCGAAAUUGGCAAGCUUCGAGUCGUUAAACAAUCGGCAAAAGAUCAAGUUUUGUUGGUCGGUGCUGGUGUCACGUUGUAUGAAGCGAUAAAUGCGGCAGCCCAACUAGAAAAGGCUGGAAUUCAUGCAAGAGUUGUGGAUUUGUUUACCGUCAAGCCCAUUGAUCGUGACGGCCUUAUCAAAAAUGCUAAGGAGUGUGGUGGAAGAAUCGUGACCGUCGAGGACCACUACAAAGAGGGUGGUAUCGGCGAAGCUGUUAUGUCGGCCGUUGCUGAUCAACGAUUCGCAUUGAAACAGUUGGCUGUGCCAACUAUUCCACGAUCAGGACCUCCGACCGUCUUGCUCGACAUGUUUGGCAUUUCAGCUCGUCAUGUCGUUGCUGCGGCUCAAGAAAUCUUGAAAUUGUGAGGCAUCCAAGAGAUCCUGAACUUACAAUCAAAUUGAAUGCAAUUUAUUGGCAUGCAGACAAAAUUUAAUUUUGUUUCGAAAAUUGUUAAUUUUUAUACCUUUUUUGUGCUGUUUGAGGCCACCAGAAUUUAAUUUAAACAAUAAAAAUUUGGAAAG